CAUCCCCGCGCUUAAUUUUUUCGAGUAGUGGAUCCAAAUCCCAAAAUUCGUCCACCGACAAAGCGAACAUCGACGAGUGUGAGUUCUGUUUGACUCGACUCGACUACUGCUACGAUACGACUUCCAAGGUGCUACUAGAGAAAAGAUCAAGGUCUCAAACUCUGUGCACAGCUCACAGUUCUGCAUGAUCACCACCACAAAACCUUUCUUCCAUUAACCAGUUUUACGACCCUCAUCAAUCCCGCAACGAAAGCCAAUUCUACGAGAAACGACUUCUCCUCUUCCCAGAAAUCAAAAUGGUCAAGCGCAGUAAACUCCUUACGGCCCUUGAUGCCCAUAAGGGCCGAGACUACGCCGCCGAGAAAAGAAAAUUACAAGUCAAGGCUGCGGAGAAGAGAAAGAGACAAAAAAUCGAAAAAGCUUCUGCACAAGAGGGUGAGGACGAGAAACAAGUCAAUGACGGUGAAGACGGUGUCCAAGAGGAUGGAAGUUCAGACGAUCAAUUUGAAUCUUUCGAUGAGGAAGAUGGUCAGAAUGGCGAUCAAGCUGGAGAAGUGAAAAAUGGCGAACAAAACCCAGAGGACGAAGAUGACGAUGACGAAGAAGACGAGGAUGAAGAAUCAGACGUCGCCCUAUCCGACCUCGACCCAGAAGACCUCGAAGAUACCAUCCCCCACCAACGCAUGACCAUAAACAACACAUCCGCCUUGAUCGCCGCCCGGAAACGUAUCUCCCUAAUCCAGUCACAAGACACGAAAAUUCCCUUCCACACCCACAACAGCCUCAUCUCAACCCUCGACGCCGCCUCCACCAGUAUUCCCGACCCCAAUGACGAUUUAACAAGAGAACUAGAAUUCUACCGCAUUGCCCGCACGGCAACCCUAACGGCGCGGACUCUUUUCCUCAAGGAAAACAUCCCCUUCACCCGUCCAUCGGACUAUUUCGCCGAAAUGGUCAAGACAGACGAACAUAUGGGUCGGAUCAAGAAGAAGAUGUAUGAUGAUGCAGCGGGCAAGAAGGCGAGUGCUGAAGCGAAGAAAUUGCGUGAUGCGAAGAAAUUCGGCAAACAGGUUCAAGUAGCCAAGGAACAGGAGAGGGCCAAGUUGAAGAGGGAGACGUUGGAUAAGAUUAAGGAUUUGAAGAGGAAACGCAAAGGCAACGAUCCCGGCAAAGUUCGAGAAUCCGACCGUCCAGGCCGCGGCGGUGCCCAUGACGACGACAUUUUCGAAUCCAUCGCCGUUGAAUCCGCACCAACUAAAGAUCGAUCCGGACGAGAACGUGGUGGCAGUAACGCCAACAAUAACUUCAAACGACAGAAACGUGAUCAGAAGUUCGGAUUCGGUGGAAAGAAACGGUUUUCCAAGAGUGGUGAUGCCAUCAGUAGUGGUGAUUUAGGUGGAUUUUCGGUGGGGAGAAUGAAGAAUAAGAGUGGUGGUCGUGGGGGUAAGCAGCGACCAGGGAAGAGUAGAAGGGCGGCAGGGGCGAGGUGAUGAUGAUAGGAUGAUGAACUAAAUAGGUAGAUGGGGAUUGAUUCUAUGCGGCACUCAUUGGGGGGAGGGGGAGGAAAGGAAAAAUGGCGUUCCAGAGGAGAGAAAAAGAUGAUCAAGGGGGAAAGGAAUAGAGGAAUUGAAGAAUCGAUUCCAACAGCCAGCCAGCCAUCUGAACAAUGCCGCUAUACACAUUAUUGGGUCAAAGCAUUGCUUUUGAAGAAGGCUAAUGCAAAAACAAUCAAAAAAAG